AUGGAGAAAGAGAGAUCAAAAGAGGAAGAAGUGAAGUACCGUGGUGUGAGAAAGAGACCAUGGGGUAAGUUUGGAGCAGAGAUCAGAGAUCCGACAAAACCUACGGGAAGACAAUGGUUGGGAACGUUUGACACUGCAGAAGAAGCAGCAAGAGCUUAUGAUCGUGCAGCCAUUGGUUUGAGGGGUGCUCUUGCCAUCCUUAAUUUCCCCGAUGAGUAUUACUCUCAUCUUCCUUUUCUACUGUCGUCAAAUUCUUCUACUGUUGACAGUGGAAGUUCUUUUGCCCGAAAGGAAGUUAUUGAGUUCGAGUAUCUGGAUGACAAGGUCUUGGAGGAUCUUCUUGAGAUUGAAGAGAAGAGAAGGAAUAACAAAGAUUAAAAACUCAACUGCAUUUUUAUUCAUAUCUGAACUGAACCUGUGUUAUUGGGUUCAGCAUUGAUUCAA